AGAUGGCCACAGGAGAGGAGCCCAUCACACAAACGCUGCUUCUGUUCUUUACGCCCCACCCCUCCCAAGCCGCCAAAGCCCAACCGGGGGCAGCCACAGCAGGGACACUCAGCUCCCUGGGGCUGCUGCAUCUGUGCUGAGGCAGUCAAGGCCUGAGCAGGGCUCAGAGGAUGGCACACAGGCCUGUCAAGUCCUCUCAUCACGUGUUCCUAGGUGCAGUCUAAGACAAGCACAGCCCAGGUGAAAACAUCAGCCACACAGCAGAAAAGGAAACUGCAGAAAUAAAACGGACUGUGCGCUGUAUAUUGCUAUUGAUCUUCAUCUGCAAAAGUCUCGCGACCUUGAGAUUAUCAUGGGGAGAUUCUGGGAGUGAAGUUCUCUGGACAACGCUCUGACGAUUGAGCUGGAGGAAGAACACAGUAGAACCUCUGUUUCGGUUGCGUCACUUACGUGUUUGUGUUAUGUAAUAUACAUAUUUAAACAGUCCGUAAGUGAGCAUACAUAUGUCACAGUGAAUGCUCAGGGAAGUAUUUUCACAGAAGUGUGCCUUAUCAAAGAGUCUGGAAUCCACUAUCAAGCAGUCAUGCUGUUUACCACAGGAAUGUACCAGGGAUGAAGUUCUUCCAACUGCCAAGAAUGAACUGUCACAGGGAGUCUGGGUUGUUGGGAACUGAAACACUGUCACAUUCUACUGAAGAUAACAUCAGCCAGGCAACUGCCUCUGCCUGAGAAAGCGGGAGACAGCAGUCAGGAAAAGGCUAGAAAAUGGUGUCCGUCUCAGCCAGGCCCCCAGGGAACCCAGAGGGAAUAUUUGUGCUUUGGCAGCAAAGACAGUGUGGGGCAUCCCAAGAGGAAACAAAUGACACCUAAUCAUUCUCCGAGCCUACACUCAGCACUUUUCCAGCAUCUCCUGUCUUCAUCCUGGAAGCCCAUACUGAGCUCCACUUCUCACUGGGACAGGCCCGUGAAAUCAAGGCGAAAUGGGCAGUGGACCUGGUCUGUCCCAGAAUCUGUUUGUACAGAGUGAUCCUCGGCAAACUGAAAUAAGACUGCAAAGGUGCCCGGGAGCAGAGUGGCCAUGCAGAGUAAGGGACCCUGACGCGCUCCCUCUGCAGUGACGUCAGUGUUGUCUCUGUGGGCGGCCGGGCAGGCCAGGGUGUUAACUCUGCCUGCAGAAUGGAGAGCAUUCUCCCAAGCCUCGUACCUAACUGGGAGGUCAGGAUUAACGUGAAAAGUGGCCGUGAUGAAAGGAAAGAGCACCCCAAGAUCUGGCUACCUCGGGCCCUGAGGCAGACCUACAUCCGGAAGGUUGGGGACACAGUGAACCUACUAAUCCCAUUCCAGGGCAAGCCCAAACCUCAAGCCACCUGGACACACAAUGGCUGUGCCUUGGACACCAGCCGUGUGAGCGUGCGGAAUGGGGAGCGAGACUCCAUCCUCUUCAUCCGAGAAGCCCAACGUGCUGACUCAGGUCGCUACCAACUCCGUGUCCAGCUAGGCGGGCUGGAGGCCACGGCCACCAUUGACAUCCUGGUGAUUGAGAGGCCAGGCCCUCCUCAGAGUAUUAAGCUGGUGGACGUCUGGGGCUUCAACGCUACCCUGGAAUGGACACCUCCCCAAGAUACGGGCAAUACAGCACUCCUGGGAUACACGGUGCAGAAGGCUGACACAAAAUCUGGGCUGUGGUUCACAGUGCUGGAGCACUAUCACCGCACCAGCUGCAUUGUCUCCAACCUCAUCAUCGGCAACUCCUAUGCCUUCCGCGUCUUUGCUGAAAACCAGUGCGGACUCAGUGAAACAGCCCCCAUCACCACUGACCUCGCCCACAUCCAGAAAGCAGCUACUGUUUACAAGACCAAGGGGUUUGCACAGCGAGACUUUUCUGAAGCCCCAAAGUUUACCCAGCCUCUGGCCAACUGCAGUACAGUCACCGGCUAUAAUACCCAGCUCUUCUGCUGUGUCCGUGCCUCUCCCCGGCCCAAGAUCAUCUGGCUGAAGAACAAGAUGGAUAUCCAAGGCAACCCUAAGUAUAGAGCCCUGACUCACCUGGGGAUCUGCUCCCUAGAGAUCCGCAAGCCUGGUCCCUUUGAUGGAGGCAUCUAUACCUGCAAGGCAGUGAACCCCCUAGGGGAGGCAUCUGUGGACUGUCGGGUGGAUGUGAAAGUUCCUAAUUGAGGACACCUAGGAGGAUGUGGCGCUCUGAUGAAGCCAGUGCCCAGCAAUGAAGUGAAUUCAUGGCACAGGAGCCAGGGACCGUGAGGAGGAUGCCCUCAGCAGCCUGGUGUGCUCUGGCCGUGUGCUGUCAUGGCUACAAAAUGCUCUCUCUUUCCAGUGCCUCCAGGAAGCCCGCCCGUGGUGAGAUUCUGUCCUCCAGGAGCUUCGGCACCAUGUCUGGUUUGGAUUCAUCUAAAUAAAUGUGUGACUCCCCAGUG